GAUGUGGGGGGCCCCCCUCGCGGUUUGGGGGCGCUGAGAACAGCCCUGAGCAUCCUGGAGAAGUAUGGCAGGAACUUGCUGCACCCCAAACCCCCAAAACACUGGAGGGGAGUCAGCUACGGCAACCCCGUGUUUCGAUCCACCCUGGGGGGCAUCAAGGGAGGGGUGGGGGUGCUGCAGCUGUUGGGCUACUCAGAGCAGACAGGGGAGGGGCUGAGGUUCCCCCCCAGUUCGGAGGGUCCCCACGGUCCCCACGUGGCCUCGGUGACAGCUGACGUGAUGGUGCUGAGGGCAGAGCUCGACCUGCUGAACCAGCACCCGAACCCUCAGUUCUUCACUGAGAUACUGGUGGGAGCAGAGGAGUCACUGGGAGCCGAUGCAAUACCGAUAGCGACCACAGACCUCCGAGCAGGGACCCCCGAGGACUCCCCAAAUCCAGGGCUGGGGAAGGGUUGGGCCUGUGCCUCUUGUACCUUCCUGAACGACCCCCCGAGGGUGUUGUGUGCCGUAUGUGAGCGCCCCCGGCUGGCAGGGAGGCCAAACUGCAGCCUGCAGGUGUCCCUGGGGGAGCCUCAGCUGGUCCAAGGUGGCACCCAGGAGGGCACAGGUGGCACCCAGGAGGGCACAGGUGGCCCCCCAGGUUUCCCCCACGUGUGUCCCAGUUGCCCGCAGGUGUCCCUCAGUCGCCCCCAGUUCCCAGCAGGUGUGUCCCAGUUGCGCCCCGUGGCCGCCUGGUGUAUUCAGGUCUGGCCCUGCCCUCACUGCACUUACCUGAACCUUAGCCCUGCCCCCACCUGUGCCCUGUGCCAGCGCCCCCUGGUGGCCACGCCCCCUCCGGCACCAGACCACGCCCCUUCCGGCCCAGACCACGCCCCCUCCCAGCACGCACUGCGGCAACGACACCUCCGGGAGGAAGGGAGACGCCUAGUGGCCAUUGUGAGGCUGGCAGCUCUGUCGUCCCUGGGGUUCACCGGUCGCCCCGAGGCGGCUCAGGCGCUGCAGCACAACGGGGGUGACCUCUGGGGGGCGCUCAGGGACCUCCAGCGCCACCGGCUCAGGCCCUUCCAGCAGCGCCUCUGGCUGCCACAGCUGCCUGCCACAGGAGGCGCUCUGGUGAGACGCAUCCUGGCCACGCUGUCCGUGGCCAGUUGGGGUCGAGCGUUACUGGUGGCCAGUUUGGGUCACGAACUGGGACUGGGCCGAGUGGAUCCCAGUAGCGAAGGCUUAUUGGGAGAGCUGGUGGAGGCUGUGAGGGAUUGUGCCGACCGAGGCGCCCUGAGGAGGAGGCUCAGGUGUGAGUGUGCAGUGUGUGGUUGGGCGCUGCCCCGGGCUCAGAUGCAGUGGCUCCCGGGAUGCUCCUGCCCCCUGUGCCCGGAGUGUUUCCGGCUACACUUCACGGUGGGCGUGAGGGAGAGGGGAGUGUGGGCCCUGGGCUGCCCCAGCUGUGCCCACCCUGACCUACGUGACGAGGCCCAACGGCUCUGCUACUGGUCCACGCUGGAGCCGCAGCUCAGACGCUGUUUGGACCCUGAGACCUUUGGCCUAGUGACCCAGAAACUGGCAGAGCUGGAACUGCUCAGGGACCCCCAUUUCCUCUGGUGUCCUCAGUGCUCCUUUGGCUUCAUCUUCGAGGGUGAUCGAGGCCCUGCCCAGUGCCCCCAGUGCCACCAGUGCUGCUGCCCCCAGUGCCAGCGCCCAGUGAGCCACUGGGAUGGAUGGGGAGAGGAUUGGGAGAACUGGGAGGGGACAGGGACUGGGAGGGCACUGGAACGCUCCAGUGACCCCCAAACUGGGAGCCUCGAGGGCUUCCUCAGGGAGCACGGCAUAGAGUGCCCUCGCUGUGGAGUUUGGUUCGCGCUGGCCCGUGGGGGCUGUUUGCAUUUCCAGUGCUCCCAGUGCCAACACCAGUUCUGUGCUGGGUGUGGGGAGGAGUUCCACCCACCAGGGACCUGCCCAUCCCCCGAGUGCCCCCUCAAGGCAUCUCUGCAUGGACAUCACCCCCGGAACUGUCUGUUCUACCUGAGAGACUGGGAACCCUCGAGGCUGCAGGAGCUGCUCAAGGCCUCCAACAUUCCCUUCGACACUGAACCUCCUCCUGAGGCUCCUCCAAACCCUUCAGGCAGAGGUGUUCGGGAGCAGAAAGAGGUUGGAGCAACUCUGCAGGAUCAACCCUGCGGCAAGGACACGGAGCCUGGGCAGGCUGGGCUGUGCCG